GUCACCCAGGUGGACAUAACAAACAUACCCAACGAAUCGAACAGAAACGUGUUGUAUUUUGAUCAGUAAACAACAGAAAAAAUCUCUGGUGAUUGGAACUGAAACUGGAACAAAUUGGAACAAUACCCUCGAAGUGAAAAUGUCCAGCUGGAAGAAAGCAGCCAAAUCGAACCAGAAAGUUCACCGUGAGCGGGCCCAGCCGGCUUCCCGUGCCCACUUGGGUAUCCUCGAGAAGAAGCAGGAUUACAAAAAGCGCGCCGAUGAUCAGCACGAAAAAGAUGACACCCUGAAGCUGCUGAGGAAACGAGCUCUGACUCGGAAUCCGGAUGAGUUUUACCAUCACAUGAUAAACUCGAAGGUGCAGAAGGGUGAGCAUCAUGAGCUGGAAAAGGAAGAUGAACACACACCGUCACAAAUCCGCCUGAUGGAAACACAGGAUUUGAAGUACAUCAAUAUGAAGCGGACUAUGGAAGCGAACAAAAUAGAACGGCUACAGGGAAGAUUGCACAUGACGGAUGUUGCCAACCGCACGAAGAACAAGCAUAUUUUCUUCGUGGACGAUAUGGAGGAGGCAAAAAGUUUUGAUGUGGCAGACCGGCUACAGACCCAUCCCAGUUUGAUAGGACGAAAAACUAAUAGGCCUAGGCUGGAUCAGCUGGAGAAGCUUGUGAUUGAGGCGGAUGAUGAGAAGGCCAUUCUAGCUAUGAAUGAUGCACGCGAGAAGUCUUAUCAGGAGCUGAAGUCUCGUGUCGAUCGUGAAAAGGAACUAACGAUCAUUCAGCAAAAAAUGGAGCUGAAGCAGUCUCUGCGAGAGAAGAGGGCCAGAAAGCCUAAACGCAUAAAAAAGGGAACCAAAGACUCUGCACCAGUUUACAAAUUCAAAUACGAAAGGAAGCGCUGAGCACAAAUCUGGAGGAAUCGCAAUGUGUUUGAGUAUAAUUUUUUAUUAAUAUAUAGUAUAUACCUCUAAAUGUAAUAUAAGAAAGUAAAACAUCCAACGUUUGCAAACUAUGUCAAUAAAUCCAACUCAACAUCAUCUUGAUAA